CGCGGUGAUCGUGAUUAUCUUUCCCCCUCCCCUGACCCCUCUUGCCCCUUCUCUACACCCACCGCGAGGCAUUGUCCCCCGACUCCAUCACAACUGCUACAGUUCCUCCGCUGCCGAGGGGCCGACCCUGCGCAUUCGUUGGGCGUGGGGAUGGAGAUUUACAGGAUCGGACGCCAGGAUUUGGGAGACUGGCCUGUGGUUUAGACGGGGGUAGGAUCUGGGUGAUGGGAUGUCAGGGGAAAGAAGAGCUGUUAUUUAUAUGGAGGACUCCUGGCCGACGCGAAGCUCAGCGACCUCACCCCCCUCUUUCCUGGGUCCCGCCCCUUGCAGCCGCGGUGCGCAUUGGAGCCAUGGCCGUGCCCUUCGUGGAAGACUGGGACCUGGUGCAGACCCUCGGGGAAGGUGCCUACGGAGAGGUUCAGCUUGCUGUGAAUAGAAGAACUGAAGAAGCAGUUGCAGUGAAGAUAGUAGACAUGAAGCGUGCCAUAGACUGUCCAGACAAUAUUAAGAAAGAGAUCUGUAUCAAUAAAAUGUUAAAUCAUGAGAAUGUAGUGAAAUUCUAUGGUCACCGGAGAGAAGGCAACAUCCAGUAUCUGUUUCUGGAGUAUUGCAGUGGAGGAGAACUUUUUGAUCGAAUCGUGGAUGAAAGGGAUAACCUCAAAAUCUCUGACUUCGGCCUGGCAACAGUGUUUCGGCAUAAUAAUCGUGAGCGUUUAUUGAACAAGAUGUGUGGCACUUUACCUUAUGUUGCUCCAGAACUUCUAAAGAGAAAAGAAUUUCAUGCAGAACCAGUUGACGUUUGGUCCUGUGGAAUAGUACUUACUGCAAUGUUGGCCGGGGAAUUGCCAUGGGACCAGCCCAGUGACAGUUGUCAGGAAUAUUCUGAUUGGAAAGAAAAGAAAACAUACCUCAACCCUUGGAAAAAAAUCGAUUCUGCUCCCCUAGCUCUGCUGCAUAAAAUCCUAGUUGAGAAUCCAUCGGUAAGGAUUACCAUCCCAGACAUCAAAAAAGAUAGAUGGUACAACAAACUACUCAAGAAAGGAGCAAAGAGGCCCCGAGUCACUUCGGGUGGUGUAUCAGAGUCUCCUGGUGGAUUCUCUAAACACAUUCAAUCCAAUUUGGAUUUCUCUCUAGUAAACAGUGCUUCCAGUGAAGAAAAUGUGAAGUACUCCAGUUCCCAGCCAGAACCACGGACAGGUCUGUCCUUAUGGGACACCAGCCCGUUAUACAUUGAUAAACUGGUACAAGGGAUCAGUUUCUCCCAGCCCACGUGUCCGGACCAUAUGCUUCUGAAUAGUCAGUUACUUGGCACCCCGGGAUCCUCACAGAACCCCUGGCAGCGAUUGGUCAAAAGAAUGACACGGUUUUUUACCAAAUUGGAUGCGGACAAAUCUUACCAAUGCCUAAAAGAGACUUGUGAGAAACUGGGCUAUCAAUGGAAGAAGAGUUGUAUGAAUCAGGUUACUGUAUCAACAACCGAUAGAAGAAACAAUAAACUGAUUUUCAAGGUGAAUUUGGUAGAAAUGGAUGAGAAGAUCUUGGUUGACUUCCGGCUUUCUAAGGGUGAUGGAUUGGAAUUCAAGAGACACUUCCUGAAGAUUAAAGGCAAGCUGAGUGAUGUUGUGAGCAGCCAGAAGGUCUGGCUUCCUGCCACCUGAUAGAGCCACAGCUUUGGGAUUCCUGGUGAAUAUAGUGCUGCUAUGUUGACAUUAUUCUUCCUAGAGAAGAUUACCCUAACCUGCAAACAAUAGUCCCUGAAGAGUUGUCUUCCUCCUAGUCAACCAUUUUCCAAUUAUUUUGUAAUUUCUGCAUAAAAAUAAUACCUAUAUUUUAAUUGUAAAUAAGACUUUGGGGAAAGGAUAGAUAGAAUUCAUUAGAUACUU